AUGUGUUUUUUAUUUAAUUAUAUGCAAGGAUAUAUACAAGUAUGUGAACUCAUAAAUAUAUCCUGUACUAAACUGGUUUAUUUUCCAAAAGACAGGACAACAUUAAAAAAAAAUUUAGAGAUGUCUAAUGACCUUGAAAAAACAAUUGAUAUUCAUCCAGUGAGUUUCACUCCGGAAGUUUUAGCUCGUAUUUCCCCAGAACUAUCUUUACAAAAACAUCUAUCAUUAGGUUUCCGUCCAUCUGUGAAAGGGUUUGAAGAGUUUAGAGAAAUUCAAUUGAAUGAGGAUUUUCUAUCUAGAUAUGGUAAGGAACAUAAAGAUAACAAUAUAAUUGGUUCUAAUGUGUUGAAAUGUGGUGAUACAUUUGUUGUAACUACUAUCACUGGUGGUAUUAUUGAGGAUUCCGUAGUAUAUAAAAAUAUGGAAAAUGAACUUAUUGGUGUGGAUGAUAUUAAAAGCACGGAUCUGUCUAAUUACACAUCUAUAUAUCCUGUAGUAGAGGUAGAAAGAGGUAGGGCAGGAGCAUGUACUGAUGAGGAGAUGGCUUUAUCACAAAGAUUAUAUGAUUACGUGUUAUAUUCCAAGAUAUUACCAAAGGAAGCUUUGAAAGUCCAACCAGGCAUUAGAAUAACAGAUAAUAAUAAUGGAAAUGCUAAGGUUAUAUAUCCUGACUCAUCAGAUAAUUCAACUCUGCCAGAUAAUGUAUUCCAAAUUAGUAAAAAAUGGUCAUAUUUAUUGUAUGCUAAAAUCAAAGUUUUCAGUCGUACUGGACCUGUGUUUGAUCUAUGCUGGAAUUCACUUAUGUAUGCAUUGCAAUCUGUUCAAUUACCAAGAGCAUUUGUAGACGAACGUGCCACUGAUCUGAAGAUGACUAUAAGGACAAAGGGUAGAAAUGCUACUAUUAGAGAGACAUAUGAAAUUUUAUCAGACCCAUGCCAACAGUAUUCAUUGAGACUGCAUUCUGAAAAUAUUGCAUAUGCUUCAAAUUAUGGUAUCAUUAAUUUGGAUCCAGAAGCUAAAAUAACUGAAGAAAACAGUGAUGAAGAUAUUGAUAUGGAUGCUAUUGAAAGUGUACUACUUGCUGAUCUUGACACUGAAGCUGAAGAAAAUAGUGUGAAUUCGACUAUAUCUGUAAUAUCUAAUUCUGAGGGAGGUCUGAAACAUGUUAGUAUAUUUGGCGGUGAUGCAAAGAUCACACCUGAGAUGUUGAAAAAACUUUUAAAAUUAUCUCAAAAACGGGCCUGUUACUUGGAGGAUGAAAUAAAAUAG